UCUGUGGAAACGUACCUGCGCACGUAUUUUCAAUGACAAAACAGUUAAUUGACUAUUAAAACGCUGCCAGUGACAACUGAAAUCUAAAAUGUUGGGGGGCCUUAGACAACACAGUAUAUACAUCCUUUAAAAAGUUGGUUUCUUUUUUUAUUUUAUUUUUUUACCCAUAGCCAAGAAAUGUACAACAUUGUAAGUGACAAAUGUGCAGACCUAUACACGCAGUCGAGCGUAUUAACUCGUUGGGCUCCAGUAAAAGCAGAGGUCGCUCAUGUUUACUUUCUAAAAGGCGCUGUCGAGGUCUGGGAGGUGCUGAAAUCUACUCGUGCUCCAUUCCGCGUGAUUGGCACACUUGACAGUGAUUGACAGGCGUCCGUGGAAACUACACGACCAAUCUGCCAAGUCCAAUAGAAAAUCAGAAGCGGGCAGCACGUCUUUUCCCUCUUCGAAAAAUAUCUUCAUUCUUGUGCCACAAUCUCGUGCCCUCCAGCCGAGGCAGCUGCAGUUAGCUGCAGCGACAACUCUUAUUUCUCUGCAUCGUCUAACGUCGAUCAGCUGACUCUGGAAUUGCCUUUUUGUCUGGAUUCGACAGGGAGAUAAUAAAUUUGGCCUAAUAAAGCACGAAGCUGUGCUAGAGGCAGAGAGGACUCCGAAAGGGAAACAGAAGCCUUCAUGUUUCAGUUGCCAAUCUUGAAUUUCAGUCCCCAGCAGGUAGCGGGGGUAUGCGAGACUCUGGAAGAGAGCGGAGACAUCGAGCGUCUCGGCCGCUUCCUUUGGUCGCUGCCCGUCGCACCCGCUGCCUGCGAGGUGCUUAACCGAAAUGAGUCUGUGCUGCGGGCUCGGGCCAUCGUAGCCUUCCACACUGGGAAUUUCCGUGAGCUUUACCACAUUCUUGAGAACCACAAGUUCACCAAAGAGUCCCACUCCAAAUUGCAAGCACUUUGGCUGGAGUCACACUACCAGGAGGCAGAGAAGCUCCGAGGCCGCCCGCUAGGGCCAGUGGACAAAUACCGGGUGCGAAAGAAGUUCCCUCUGCCUAAAACUAUUUGGGAUGGAGAACAAAAGACGCACUGCUUUAAAGAAAGGACCCGACAUUUACUUCGAGAAUGGUAUCUUCAGGACCCUUAUCCGAACCCAAGUAAAAAGAGAGAGCUUGCACAAGCUACGGGACUCACUCCCACUCAAGUGGGGAACUGGUUUAAAAAUCGAAGACAAAGGGACAGAGCGGCGGCCGCAAAAAACAGGUUACAACAACAGGUGUUGUCAAAUGGCUCGGUUCGGUCCUUAACUGGGGAGGAUGGUGCUGUAGACCGAUUGGUGAACGCGUCGAGCCCUGAAGCAAGUCUGUCGAGCAAAGCCGCUGCAUCGGCUAUCUCCAUCACUUCAAGUGACAGUGAAUGUGACAUCUAACAUCGCACCACGUACAGCCCCACUGGCUAUAUGGGAAGACUAUGAGAAAAUGAACACAUUACGAAGGAAAUCAAGACAGACAAUCAGCAAGAUAAACAAGCACAUCAGUGCCUGCCUUAACUUAUCAGAGGCCGUUUUUUCAAGACUGUCACAGCAGCCCGGAAUCCUGGGAUUCACGGAAUGCUUUAUCUUGAAAAUGUAUUUAAGUUGUCCCCCCCCAGAGCAAAAUGGGGGCAAAAACAAUGACAUUAGAACAAAUCCUAUCUGUAUUGAAACUACUUUUGUAAGCAAAAUCGGGUGCCUCAAACAAAUAGGUGCCCCCAUGCCCACACUUUAUUAAUUUUGGAAAGGACUUGGUGAAACAUUUUACCUCCCAAGAUUUCUAAUGUGUUUAUGCAUUAAAUUGUUGCUCUUAUAGAAUCUGAUUUUCAUUUGCUUGGUCAUUUCAAAUCUGCCCAUUUUUGGUGUAAAACGAUCGACUUUUACAGCAUGUGCGCCGGUAGUGAAGAUGUUUUAUGAUGUUUAAUGAACGACUUACCGCUAAUAAA